CACUCUUCUCUUCUCGAAUCCUAACUCCCUCCUUUACCCCGAGACGAAGGCAAGUCGACAUCGCCAACAGAUCUGGUCCCAAUGUCUUCCAUACCGAAUGCUCCUUCUAAUAUACCUCGAGAUUUUCUCCCUCCAGAGGCGACGAGGCCUCGGCCACCGGCUGUGCCCGUCUUCCUGACCGGGACGACAGAAAACCACCCCGACGCUCUGCAGAUCGUACGUACGUUAUCGUCGCGAUUCGGAAAAGGAAAUCUCGGGCGUAUCCGUAUCCGGGAGCGUAAUGCAGAGCGGGAGAGGGAGGUACGGUGCAGCGCCGCGCCUUCUUUGGCAGGCCAGAUCAGAGCGGGCAUGAUACUUGCAGGCACUGCGAAUGUCGUCCAGCACACGACGUACAAAAAGCUUACGCUUCUGCAGCGGCCCGUCAGUCUGCCAGUCAGACAUAACCCGGCCACUCUACAAUUACUCCGAAGGCAUGCGAUACAUCACGAGAGCGCCAAUUGAGCAUUUGGGGGCGACGGACGAGAGCGAGCAGAGCCGCGAUUGAGCUGAGCUUGAGCGAGCUGCAGCGCGGGACGGGAGGUAAAAUUACCGCGGCCGAUUCUGUUCCGGGAGCUUUUCGUACGAGCUGUACCGCAUGCGCGCAUGUGAGCGAGUGAGCGAAGAGCGCGCAGCACUUUUAUUAAGAAGUGUGUGCCGUUGUUGUCCGCGGAAAUAGUGAACCGGGUGGGCGAGUAGUACAAGGCGUGUCGUGCUUCGCUCGUACUGGGACUGCACUCCAGGUCCAGUCCAGGUGAUUUGCCUUCCUUUGAGAAAGUCCCCUGGGCAUCGGCAUUCUUCAAACGUUCUUAGUGAGAGCUGAAGUACUGGAGAUUUGAGAAAUAUCAACGACGAUGGAAACCAGGGCGACGCGCACUGCAAUUGUCGCCUUGAGCGUUCUGCUUAUCUUCCCGGGAGCACUUGCGUCGGUGUACAGCGUAGGUGGCAGCAGCAUUGGUCAGUUGGAGGUGAAUUGGGUGGUGCCAAAUGGCACAAUCAACUACUCUAACUGGGCCAGCAAUUUCACUAUCCAUGUUGGCGAUUCUCUCUAUUUCAAGUACAAUCCCAAUUAUCACAACGUGGUGAAAGUGAACUCUACGAUGUACGCGCUCUGCGACAGCAGCCAUUAUUUGCAGGUGUGGGAUACAGGUGACACUACGGUUUUCAUCCAGGAACCGGGCAUGCAUUACUUCAUUUGUGGAGCUCCAACGCACUGCCAAAAGGCUCAAGCCUUCUCCAUUCUUGCGUUACCCGCUGUUGGGCCUCCGCCCCCACCUCCGGGCAGCAACCCUGGAUUUAUCUCUCCCCCAGCUAGUGCAGCAACUGAUGUGCAUGUACUGAGAGGUAUCUUAACCCUCAGCCUCGCUGUGCUGUUCGCGACCUGCCUGUAAUGCUUGCAGACUAGUGGGAAAACCUUGGCUUUUACGAUUCUGUCCGCAACAAUUUCAUUGAUGUAGGUGGUAAUCUUCUAAGAUUUUGAAGUAGUGAAUGCUUAUAAGUGAUUCCGCAUUGUCUUCAAAAGUUUUGAACUAUCUUGAAUCGUGAGGCCAGUCAAACUACAGUAGGUGCAGAUGACAGAAUUUCGUCCUGCUUCGUUUACGCUCCCAUGUUUGGGUUUCGCGGACUUCACAAGACUGUGCUCAGUACUCUAGUCUUCAUCAUGGAAUAUCAGAGACGCACGUCACAUCCACUGUUUAGAUACAAACGGUAUAAUCUAUAUGAAAGGGGUUGUCGUUAUCUUACUCUUGUAUAUUCAUAACACACGUUGAGAAUAUAAAGAAAUUACCUCGCCAUACAAAGGCGU